AUGUCGAAACCGUCGAGGUACUCCAAUCGCGUGCCUACGACUCGUACUACUACUGCUGCUGCUGGUGCUACUAUGAGUACGUAUGCGAAUAGUAUUAUGGUGGAGAAACCUUUAUCCUACGAAGGACCGUGCCACCGGUGUAACAAACUCGGGCACCAGGCGAAGGAUUGUUCGAAACCUCGGAUAUGCGGGAAGUGCGGGCAGAAAGGACACGUGGAGAGAAACUGUGAUAACGAUAAUAAUUAUAGCAACAACAACAACAACGCGCAUCAUCAAAAGAAGAAGCAGCAAAAGUAUCGCUCGGUGUGUAAACGAUGCGGUCAGAAAGGCGGACACUCUUCGUCGAGAUGUCCGAACGUUUCCAGGUGUAAAAUAUGCACGGAAAACCACGAGACGAGAGAGUGUCCGAGAAAUUUAGGCGGGACCGUGAGUAAGAAAAGGAGAGAGAUUGAGGAGCAGCAGUCGUUCGUGGAGCAGAAAAGACGAGCGGUGAUGAUGGAGGAGGUUGGUGGUGGGAGAAGAGGCGACGGCGUCGACGAGGCGAUGGGCGGCGACGACGGCGCCGAGAAACGAUUACGAAAAGGAGGCGUCCUCGCGAGGAAGAAAGUGAAACUCGUUCGCGUACAGAAGAUGAAGCCUCCGUCGUCGGCAUUUGAACAGGCGAAGGAAGGCAACAAGUGCGUGCCGCUCGUUGAUUACGCUUCGUCCUCGGAUGAAUGA